AUGAUUCCGCUUAUCAGUCUCACUGGUCUCUGGCAGCUACCCGUGUUUUUCGGUGCACGGCAGCCUCACGAGUGUGUCGACGGGAAACCCGUGAUGCUUCCUCUGAAUGAUACUGACUGCGCAAUGGAGAACACCUAUCUCACCGAGUUCGAGCUCUAUUGCGACAAAGCGGACAUAGGACCUUGGCUUCAAUCAGCCGCGAAUCUAGGCGGCAUGGCUGGGCAUAUGCUCUGGGGCCUCUGCCAGGACGCAUUUGGCAGAAGAAAGACCUACAUUGUCACUGGUUUUCUUACCUUCGCUUUCGCCCUGUCGAUCGUCUUCGUCAAAGAUCACGUGACUUUCAUUAUUCUCCGCGCCUUAUUCGGCGUUGCGGCAAAUGGAAUGGGCUCGUAUACUCUUCCGCUGGAACUGGUCUCUUCUGAGAAACGCUGGAUCGUCGGAUUGUUUAUGGGAACAGGCUGGGGACUGGGCACUUUCUGGCAUCUCUUCUCAGUCUGGGCAAAUAAAGACUGGAGAUAUGCCAUGGUCAUCCAGAUUUUGCCUCUUGGUGUUGUGAUAUUUUACGUUUGGUGGCUGCCGGAAUCGCCAAGAUGGCUUGUACAAAAAGGAAGAAGAGAUGACGCAAUCAUUGUUCUGAAAGAUAUGGCGUCAGUGAAUGGACACAACAUAGACGUAGAAAUUGACACUUUGGAGAACUUGGAAGGCGAGUACGAGAAGAAGAAGCAAACUCGCUUCAAUUUCAUGAAAAUGUUUGAUUCGACGAUUAUUUUGCAGCGCUUUGCGAUGGUCUCUUUUAUCCACUUGGUCGGCACGACGCUCUGGUACACAAUCAUCCUCAGCGUUGCCAGCAUCGGCACCUGUGUCUUCACAACCUAUUUCAUCUUCGGCAUCAUUGAAGGACCCCUUAGUAGGGGCAUCGUUCUCAAAUACGCGCGAAGAAAAGGAAUCGCUGCUGGCAUCGGUGGCGCUGCUUUUUUCAUGUUUAUCAGCCAAAUGGUGAAAAUGAAAUCUGAUGAGCUCAACUUUGAUCAAGAUACUCUCGCGAUCGUGGUUCUCAGCACCGGACUAAUCGCCAAAUGUUUGUCCACAUUUUACUGGCCCUUUAUCGAAACUUACAAUUCCGAGAUUACGCCUACAGUGAUUCGAGACAGUGUUUUCGGACUGACAAGUACUAUUGCUGGCUUCGGUGGCUUUCUGGUGCCGUUUCUGCUAGACAAGUUUGGCGAGACCCACUCCGAAGCGGCAAAAACAGAGAUCUUGGCACAAGCUUGUGCCAAUGAAGAGCGAAGCUACGAGGCCAUUCGGCACUGCAAGGCUGCAAGCAUGGAUACGCAAGCCUCGAAGACGGAAUUCGUCUUGAAAAUUGUUGAAAAGCUUGAGAAAAAUCAUCUCAAGCUGGCCAACGACUUCAAGUCAUCCGACGAUCCGAUAAAAAAUGCGGAGACAAAAUUGUCGGAAAAUGACACUGAAGAAAAUAUCGAUUCUGGAUUGAAUUUCACCAUCGAAAGUGGCGAAGAACUCAACAGCCAGGCUUCAGUUGCUUCCAGGCACAGUCUUGAUGGUUUCGUCACGAAGUCCACUUCCAUUUCUUCGAUCGCGGACAGCGGGCUUGGGACGCGAUCUACCUUCAGCAUGAAGCGAAUGAAGAGGAUGGCUUCGGACAGCAAAAUCUUGAUCGACAAGACGUUCCGGCGAAAGAUCUCUGAGAAGAAAAUCCAGCUUCUUGAGCAAAACCUGGAGCAGGAUGAGCUGGAUGCGAAGGUUAUCGAAACAAGUGACGCGAACCGUCGAAACGUAGAACUUGAAGUAGACGUCCAGCGUCUAUCAAACGAGCUCAACCUCGCCAUCAAACGCUGCGAGAAACUGGAGUUAGAGCUAACAGACGCCAGUCAACAGCUCAAAUUUGCGAAAGAAGGAGUCAUGGCCAAGAGCGACGAAGCCUUUGUCAAGGUGAUCCAGAAGUUGGAAAGCGCUCUGAACAAAAUCAACGAGUCAAUCGUUUACUCCAACUAUCCCGGCUACGAUGUCAACAGAACACUAGAUGACAUCGCAGCCAUCCUCGACGAGGCGAUGAAAAGAUCAAAAUUCCUCAUUGUUCGCGAAAACUCCCUAGCGAGUAUUUUAUCAAAAGAAUCGGAGUUCAUUCUCCGCCAGUAUUUCAAGCAGAACUGCCUCGAUCUGGAGACGAUGAGCGAGAAGGAAAAGAUGGAGCAGCUUCUGAAAGCUCUUCCAGAGCUGACUCUAUCCGAGAAAAUUGCUCGCAAAAGCGACUUUUGCGUGAGCAUGAAGUCCCUUCCGCUACAGUCGUCGACCCCCUUCGAUUCCGAAAGCGAGUUGAACUCAACCACGCCGCCGCCAAAACCGCCACGGACUCUCCGCAAGAUGCUCGCUCCAGGCAGCUCACAUUCUCUGAGUUUUGCUCAGAACUCGCUCGAGUACCUGGUUCCAGCAACGUCCAAGUCUAAAAGUCUCACGCGAACCCUUCGCCGGAAAAUCGUCAAGCUCAAACCGUCUUUCGAAAAGUUAUCGCCUCGCAAAUAA